UACAUCUUUAGAAAUCGUGACGUCACUUGAAACUGCCAAUACCCGAAAGGUCUGGGUAAAAGUGUGUGCAACAUGGCGGACGUGGAUGAAGGUUUCUUUAUGGAAGGAUGGAGAAGUGUUCAUUCUUCAGUCACAAAAGCUGACUUUUGUCGUUUCCAAGAUGCAGUGAAUGUAUGGAUAGAAAGACCAAAUGUUGUAAAUCGUCGUGUGAUGGGCGCACUUAUUGUGAAGAAAAUGUUUGUUAAACGUUUGACUGGCAGUGAUCUUGGGGAAUUUUUGUCUCUUUCUGAUGCUGAAAUCAAGUGUUUAUUUCAAGAUACUGAUUUAGAAGGUGAAACAUGGGGGUGUGAAGGGGGUGAUGAUAGUUUUGACCCUGACGAUAACGAAGUUUCUGGUUGUCAUGAAACUCAAAGUUUGUCGAAGGAUUCAGCAGUGCGUCUAGACGGUGAAGAAUCAGUUUCCUGCAUCGUUCGCAAGUUGAUACCGAGACAGGCUCAUGUUGAAUUAAUGGGUGCCAUGUUCGAGUUGGUCAUUUUAGAAAAAAACAAAAGUCGAGUUUCCUUUUGUCCACUUUCACUGAUGGCAAUGGAGAGAGGUUUCAAAAGUUACCAAGACCUCUUGGAAAUGUCCAAGUCAUACUCAUUUGUUUAUCAUCAGCCAUCUUGCAAAGGAGAACAUGCCAGAGUUUCACUACUACUGAUGGACAGUGCAACAUUGUCUGAAAGUGAAAGAGAUGGGAUAUUAUGUCCUACAAUUCACUGGCUGAAGGAUAUCUUACUUCCUAAACUUUGCAAGUGGGCAGGAGAAGCUCAGGGUAGUCAAGUUAGUAGAGGAUCAUUAAGACUUGUCCCUUUGGAUCAAUACACAAAGAUAUAUCAACGCCUAAAACAAGACUUUGGAGAAAAGUUUGUAAAGAUGUGGCCAGAAAGUACAGAUCCCCAGAAAUUUGUGUAUGAAGAUAUUGCUAUAGCUUCAUAUUUGCUGGUCCUUUGGAAGAAGGAGAGAUAUGAGAAGAAUCUUAAGCAGAAACAGA